AUGUCCCACUCGUUUCGGGCUCUUGACGAGCCCUUUCUUUUGGCUAAAAUCCUGAUCCAUGUCUUAAUCGGUAGUGAAAAUUGUGAUCAAGAACCUAGAGACAAGAUUCUCCAGUUUGUCGAGCAACGAAGAUAUAUGAGCUGUUUCAUAUAUCAGUCGGAAGUUUUCGGCGAAAUCGUGCUCCCAAACUCGCUUAUUCGCCCAAAGUCUGGCCCCAAUCUCGGCUCCGGGCACAGCGAUGAAGUCCGGCUCCAUCUAACCUGGUGGACCGUGGGGUUCGUUGAUUUGACUCGCCGGCUGACACGGACUCAAUCACCAAAUGACGAGUCCCUUUCAAUUCAUUUCCGCAUUCACGUUGUCAACAUGACGUCUCUUGUUGGGCUUGCUGAGUCGAACCUCUCAUACUAUUCGGUUCCCUUGGCUUACAUGCUUGCUUUCAUCCCACAUGUCUACGCCAAUACAAUUACGGGUGACAAUUAUGACGUGGCCGAGCCUCGUAGGCUCCUAGACGCUGUGUCAGGCGACGAGAGUCUCGACAAAAGGAUUCGCCAGAGAAUUCAACGUGCCAAAGCUGCCCACGACAAUGCGACUGAGACCCUGGGUCUGUACGCUGCAGGUGUUGUAGCUGCGAACUCGGCGGGGUUUGGCAAGCCAACGCUGGAUGUACUGUCUCUGACAUAUCUCUUUUCCAGAGCGGCAUACACUCUCAUCUACGUCAAAUUACAGGACAAUCGCAAAUGGGCGCCGCUGAGAAGUCUCGUAUGGAUUGUUGGAAUGUGUAUCAUAUCCUCUCUAUGGAUCAAGGCGGGAAAUGCGAUGAACUUUCGAUUGCAAGGCUCCAAGUGUCAAACUCCGCCAGGCCAUCUAUGGAGCAAGAUAGACUACUCAUCCAUGCCUCGGAUUAAGCCUCUGCAGGCGGCUGCAAGGAUCAUCGGCCAGAGAGCCCAUGCAGCCUCCAAGCUUGCAUCCCGAGCCGAUCCGAUGGGAAGCUGUACGAUUCAGCGGUAG